AUGUCCAUCGCUAAGCUUGCUGGAGUCUUCCUUGGAUCGGCCGCUUUGGUCGCCGGUCACGGGUACGUUUCGGGCGCCGUAGUUGAUGGGAAAUACUACGGAGGAUACAUCGUCACCUCUUACGCCUACUCCGACAAUCCUCCCGACACCAUUGGAUGGUCGACUGAAGCCAAGGACCUGGGAUUUGUUGAUGGCAGCUCGUACUCGGACCCCGAUAUCAUCUGUCACAAGAGCGCAAAGCCUGGUGCUAUCUCUGCCGAGAUUCCGGCUGGUGGUAAGAUUGAGCUGCAGUGGACUGAGUGGCCUGAGAGCCACCACGGCCCUGUCCUUACCUACCUGGCCAACUGCAAUGGCGACUGCUCUAGCGUGGACAAAUCCUCUCUUGAGUUCUUCAAGAUCGAUGAAAAGGGUCUCGUCGAUGGCAGCAAGGCCCCUGGAACCUGGGCCUCCGACCAGCUGAUCAAGAGCAACAACAGCUGGACCGUGACUAUCCCCAGCAACAUCGCCUCCGGAAACUACGUCCUGCGUCACGAAAUCAUUGGCCUUCACUCCGCUGGCAACAAGGACGGUGCCCAGAACUACCCUCAGUGCUUCAACCUGAAGGUCACUGGCGGUGGCAGCGACAAGCCCAAGGGCACUCUCGGUACUAAGCUCUACAAUGACACCGACCCUGGCAUCCUGGUCAGCAUCUACCAGAACCUGGACUCGUACGAGAUCCCCGGACCCGCUCUGUACUCCGGCAGCUCGUCUGGUCCUGGCCCUAUCUCUGCUAGCUCUAUCGCUGUUCUCUCUUACACUCCUGCUCCUUCCUCUACUAAGGCUGCUAGUUCCGUCCAGACUAGCACUACCACAGGUUACCAGGCCUCCACUACUGUCGCCAGCGCAACUAUCACUGGUUCCCCUGUCCAGCAGAGCUCCACCGCCUCUGCCCCUCCUGCCCCUGUCCUUUCCAGUGAUAGCUCCAGUGACAGCUCCAGCGCCCCUGCUCCCACUGGCGGCAGUUGGACCGAGUACUUCAACUCACUCUCUCCCAAGCAGUUCCUCAACCUUCUCAGCGAGACGGUCUCUUGGCUGGUUACCAAAAAGAAGCACGCUCGUGAUUUCUCUGCGUAA